AUGGGCGUGUGCGUGUCCGUGCACACCGUCGAGCGCGCGCUCGCGGACGAGGCCGAGAUCGAGCGCCGAUCGCGCGUCGACGCGCUCGCGCGGUCGUUGGCGAACAACAAAGGCGAGCUGUAUUUACACGGCGUUCUCGCACGGUGCGAUCGCGUGAAUCGCAACGGACGGGUGUAUCCGAAACCCAUACUGCACAGGGAAGUCGCGGCGUACGUCGCGGCGCGCGUGCGGCGCGGUCGAGCGUACGGGAAGUUGGAACACCCGGCGGCUACGGACGAGGCCGAGUUCCGGGACGCCGACGACGAGACGCGCGCGUGCUGUCGAGUCGUGGAUGUGUAUUGGUGCGAUGGAGAUAGGACGCUGAUGGGAUACGUCAAGAUCUUGGAUACGGAGAGCGGGCGGGCGAUACGGGAGAUUUACGAGGGAGGGGGACUGGUCGGCGCGUCGACGAGGAGUUGGUCUUCGCUCGAGACACGGGCAGACGGCAAAUGCUAUGUGGACGACGAUUUAGAGUUGUUGGCGUUCGACUUGGUGCGGGACCCAGCGACAAUUAGUUUGAGCGCGAAUGGAUUGCUGACGCCCGUGCGAGGGGCGGUUGAAGGACGAGGCGAGCGUCUCGAUUAG